ACGUCACAAAUGACGUCACGUUUGUUGAUAUGUGCGGUUGAUUUGAUCGCCUAUCGCCUCUCAGUGUUAAUAUUUUAAAUACUGAAUAAAGAAUGCAAAUAUGAAGAUAUCUACGCCCCGAUAUACAGUUUGCCUUUUCUUUCAACUGACUUUUUUGCUCUGUGAUUUAAUAUUUAACUGCGCUAGCCUUUUUCCCAGAAGUCGCGAUGGGCUCCUCGUAUUAUUUAUCUUCCAGGACCUGUUCCUUGUGCUGUCCAUCACGUUGCUGCUGAUGACUUUCUUUUCCACCUAUUUAUUUCAGGCAGGUCUGGUGGAAGUGCUAGCGCGUCGUUUCCGCGCAGCUGGGUGCGCCUGUGCUAUAUACGCCGGUGUGUGUGCAGCGCUGCAUGCUGCGUGUCUGCUGCAUGCUUCUUCCACGCCCGGCCCGAGCUCCUCGCCAACAUUAAUGCUGCUGUUCACACUGCAGCGGUGUUUAUCCCCAUGGUACUACUUCCUAUACAAGCGCGCGGCACUGCGAGUUAGCGAUCCGCGGCUCUAUGAAGACGUGGACUGGCUGCCGCGCCCGCAGGCCAGGGACCCGCCCUAAACUAGCACUAAUUAUAC